GGAGCGCAGUCCUGGAGCGCAGGGGCGACUCUGCGGGGGCUGGUCUAGCAGCAUGGUGUGGGCUCGGGAGGCCCUCAGUCCCUGCGUGCUCUGGGCUGCGGCCUGGGGAGUCUUGCUGCUCGUGGCCCCCGCAGGGGCGCAGCGCGGCCGGAAGAAAGUCGUACACGUGCUUGAGGGUGAGUCAGGCUCCGUGGUGGUGCAGACAGCUCCUGGGCAGGUGGUCAGCCACCGGGGUGGCACUAUCGUCUUGCCCUGCCGUUACCACUACGAGGCAGCCACCCACAGCCAUGACAGCGUCCGCCUCAAGUGGACUAAGGUGGUGGAGCCGCUGGCCUUUACUGAUGUCUUCGUGGCGUUGGGCCCCCAACACCGGGCGUUUGGCAGCUACCGAGGGCGGGCCGAGCUACAGGGUGAUGGUCCUGGGGACGCCUCCUUGGUUCUCCGAAAUGUCACACUGCAGGACUAUGGGCGCUAUGAAUGCGAGGUCACCAAUGAACUAGAGGAUGACACCGGCAUGGUCAAGCUGGACCUGGAAGGCGUGGUCUUCCCUUACCACCCCCGUGGAGGCCGCUACAAGCUGACCUUCACGGAAGCUCAGCGCGCAUGCGCUGAGCAAGACGCCAUCCUGGCGUCGGCGGAGCAGCUGCACGCGGCCUGGCGCGACGGCCUGGACUGGUGCAACGCGGGCUGGCUGCGCGAUGGCUCGGUUCAGUACCCGGUGAGCGAGCCCCGGGAGCCCUGCGGCGGCCUGGGCUGGCUCGGGAGCGCCGGGGUUGGCAGAGGUGCCUCCGGGGGUGUGCGCAACUACGGCUACCGCCAUAACGCAGAGGAACGCUACGAUGCCUUCUGCUUCACGUCCAACCUCCCGGGGCGAGUGUUCUUCCUGAAGCCGCUGCGGCCCCUGCCCUUUUCUGGAGCAGCGCGCGCGUGUGCGGCGCGCGGCGCGGCCGUGGCCAAGGUGGGGCAGCUGUUCGCCGCGUGGAAGUUGCAACUGCUGGACCGUUGCACCGCAGGCUGGCUAGCAGACGGGAGUGCGCGCUACCCCAUCGUGAAUCCUCGAGCGCGCUGCGGCGGCCACCGGCCGGGUGUGCGCAGCCUCGGGUUCCCAGACGCCACGCGCAGCCUCUUCGGUGUCUACUGCUACCGUGCGCCCGGAGUGCCUGACCCUGCACCCGGAGGCUGGGGCUGGGGCUGGGCGGGAGGUGGCGGCUGGGCGGGGGGUGCACGCGACCCUGCUGCCUGGACCCCGCUGCGCGUCUAGGGCCAGGGCAUGGAUGGCUGGGGAGCUUGGCGGCUGGCCGAGUGCCCUGCUGUCCCCUGGAGACGGAUCAUGUCCCCUGCAGUACCCUGCAAGCUGACCAGGCUCUGUGGUCCUUGAACACUGACCAUACCCCCAAAACUGGCCAGUCCUGGGAGACAAGUCCCCUGGAGACAAGUCCCCUGGAGUCUCCUGGACACCGACCAAGUCCUCCUUUCUUGGAGAGAUUUCCCCUACAUCCCUGACUUUCUUUAGGAGACCUGACACACCCUGAGGACCCCCGGAGGCCAACAGAUUAUGACGUCUCCUGAAGACUACUCCUCCAGAGGUCACCUGGACACAGAUGGAACCAUCCCAGAAGUCACCCGGAGGCUGGCCCCUCGGGAUUAUCUGAAGACUGGCCACACACCUUCUGUAUCUCUCUGGAGACAGAAGACUUAACAGUCACCUGACAACUGAACCAUCCUCCCAUCAUCUGUAGCAGAACUAGAAAUCACAGAGUUGGACAGGUGAUCAUGCCCUCAUAGUCACUCGGAGACUGAGAACUCCAGUCCUCUCCCCAAUAUGACCUGCUGAUUAGGUAUUCUCAUUCUUCCCCCUCUCUCUGGAGUCCCCUGAAGUUUCCAUAGUAACAGACCAAGUCCCCAGGUCACUGUAGAGAACAGCCCCAUCUCUCUAGUUUCAGGGGAAACCACCCUUUGUCAACACCCUGACAGAUUGAUACACCCCAGCUGGGUCACAUGACUGGCAGCUGUGCCCCACCCUCAGGUAUCUCUCUGGAGGGGCAAGUCUGCCUCCACCUGACCUCCUUUUUCCUGGCUGUCACCAAAGAGACCAUCUCCGGGACCCAGGGACCCAUAAAAUCCAUGUUACAUGCUAUGGAAGCAAGCCACCCCACUUCCCCUUGGCACUAAGGCAACCAGCCCAGCUUCAAUCUGUCACGUAGAGUCACACAGCCCUUCCCUCAUCAGUCACACCCAUAGAGAUAGUGCCUCCUCCUCUAGCUGUAACCAUGGAUACCACACAUUUCCCAUCUCACCAUCCUUCACCCCAGAGACCUACAACUCCACUUCUGUUGUCCCCACCCUGACCAACAGCCAUGGAAACCAGCCUCCGACUAACUGUCCAGACAGUGAACCAACAUUCACUUCUCCAGCUCUCACCAUGGAAAUGGGCUGCCCUUUCCCCAGGUUCACCCUUGCUGCCCUCCAAGCUCCACAGCUGUUACCAUGGAGAUCAAAGUGGAGUCUAAGGUAGUAGAACACCUGUCUCCCUAGGCUUUUCCUUGUCAGCAGGGCCCCACCCACCCAGCUAUCACCAUAGAAGGUGUUAAUAUCAUCCCCAUGACAACUGACCCCUGACCCCCAGCUCUCAGGAACUAAUUGCCAUGGCAGGAACUGCAUCCCAUAGGUCUUAAUGGCUGCCCCUUCACCAGAUGGACUGAGCCCCAAGCAGCACCCCCUGACAGGGCUGGACUUCUGGAGCUGCUGGACACCCUCCGUUUGCACGCUACCUAUACCCCAGACAGCAGCUGUGCACGCACACCCUUCCGGCACUCAGGUGUUUUCAUUGCCUCUAUAGAUGAGCAAACUGAGGCCCUGGCAUGCCUUGGUCCUUUGAGCUGUGCAAGCGCUGGGUUUCCCCUUUCCCCUCUGAGACCCCAUCGCCAUUCUCACCUAGCUCUUCUGUCCUUUCCUACUCACUCCCUCACCCCAUUUUUCUCCUUAGAGAUCCAGGAGAGAUGGAAUGUUCCUAAACCUCAAAAGUCACUCUGAGCUCCAGAUUUUAAGGGUAGAUUCUUGCUAAGAAGUUAGGGCCCAGCCAAGCUCCCCAGUGUUGAGAGCCACCCAGCCUUGGGAAAUCCCAAUUCUAAGGUCUUUCCUAGAGUAGCACUUGGUAGCCUCCUGGAGUCCUCUCUACUGUCCCAUCCAGCUCAAGGAAACCCAUCUGUGGGUUGGGAAUCAGGUUGGCUUGGUUCUAAUCCUGCUUGUGACCAAGUGACAAAACCCCUGAGCCUAUUUCCUCCUCUGUACCAGGGCUGUUUGUUCUGAGGUCUCAGUGAGUGCAUACA